AUGAAGGGGCGCCCGCUGCAACCCGAUGCGUAUGCCGCUCACAUGAGCGAUCAGGUCCCCGAGCUCGACGAGCUCGCCGAGAUCGAGAGCCGCAUCGUUUGCAACGUCGACUCCAGUGACAUGAGCCCCGAGGUGUGGGGUGAGCUGGCGGCGGCGAUCAACGACGCGCGAGGCCACUUCGACGGCGUGGUCAUCGUGCACGGCACGGACACGAUGGCUUACACAGCGAGCGCGCUCGCGUUCGCGCUCGAAGGGCUCGACCUGCCAGUGAUCCUGACCGGCGCGCAGCGUCCGCUCGCGGCGCUCCGAACAGACGCCAGGCGCAACCUCGCAGACUCCGUCGAGCUCGCCGCCAGAGGAGACAUCCCCGAGGUCGGCAUCUGCUUCGAUGGGUUGCUGCUUCGAGGUUGUCGCACCACCAAGUCCAACGCUCAGGACUAUCGCGCGUUCGAGUCGCCAACCUGCGCGCCGCUCGCCAGAUUGGGCGUCGAUAUCAACUUUGGCGAACAUAUCCGCAGGCCGCUGGUCCCCUUCAGAUGUGAUCCUCGGUUUACCGACAAGGUGCUCGCGCUGCAUGUGACGCCAGGGCUAGACCCUGGCGUGCUCGAGGCGCUGUUAGAACACAGCGAGAUCGAAGGGAUCGUGUUGAGCGUCUUUGGUGUGGGGACAGUGCCCACCCAGGUCCGCGCGCUCGGUCCUGUCUUGCAGCGCGCCGUCGACGCUGGCAUCGAAGUGCUCGCGAUCACGCCCAGCGCUGGCGCGGUGAACCUCGGGCUCUAUCAAAACAGCAAGCCUCUCCUGGACGCGGGCGUGAUCGCCGGUGGCAGGUUGAGCCUCGAAGCCGCGACCACCAAGCUGAUGCACGCGAUCGCGCUCUACUCCAACCGCGCCAACCGUCGCGACUACCUCGCCUGGAACGUGGCUGAUGAAAAGCAAACAGAGCAGCGCUUUCGAGAACUCUUCAACGCGAUGAUGAGCGCGCACGAGCGAGAACCUGGGGCGGUCGAAGAAGAGUGGCUCCCCUACGCGCUGGAGAUGCUCGAAGGCUGGCCUGCCGGGACGCGUGAAUGGGGCGGUUACGUCUGGUGGAAUAAAGAACUGGAUAGGGAGUCCUUCGAGCUUCGCUCGCAUCCUCUCCACGCGUUGGGGCAGUUCCUGUCACUGGAUGAUGAGAGCGUCGAGAGUUUCAUCGGCAUCUGUCACGCGCCUGAUGUCGGGGUGCUUCGCUCGCUCGACUUUUUCGCGAUCGAUGCGCUCACGCCCGAGGCGCUCGAGCAUGGGUUGGAAGGUCUAAAGCGCGCGAACCUCGAGCAUCUCGGGCUCGGUUACUCCGAGAUCGAUGAAGGUUGCGCGAAGGUCCUCGCCGAGGCCACGCACCUGAGAGGUCUCGUCUCGCUCGAUAUCGCAGGGAGCAAGCUCUCCUGGAAUCAGUUGAAGGCGAUGCUCUCGGCUCCACAUUUCAGGGGCUUGCGGCAUUUGAAUUUCGGGGAUGUGCCUGGUGACAACUACAUCAAGGCUGGAAAACAACUCGAGUUGAUGGAGUUACUGCCUGAGCUUGUCACGACGCUCGCGCCUCACAACGCUGUCCCCUGGUACAGAAUGAAGUCCUCCUGGGAAGAGGUCGAAGUGCCGGCAGAGAUUUCUGUGAAAGAGCGCGUCAAGAGCGCGCUCUCGGUCUAUUCGGACGAGGAUGACAUGUAUCCCUUUCUCGGCGAUCCCUUUUGCUGCUUCGGGGGCAUGGUCGAGCUCGAGCCGGAAGAGUUUUGGCGAGAGGGUUUGACCUGGCAACAGAUCUAUCCUCGCCAUGAUGAGAUCGUGGCGAACAAUGACCUCGACAUCACAUCCAUCCAUGUCGCGGCCAUCGAGAAAGGGGCGCUCGAUCACGCCUUCGAUGAGGGCGGGAACUUGAUCGCGACGCUGACGCUUCGCGCGCUCGGACAUCACUGGUUGGGGGUCCCCAAAGGGCGCGAAGAGGAGAGCUAUGGGGGCGAUUGCUUCAUGCAGUCGUUGUUUGCAAGCCAUGGGCUCUACCUCGAGCAAGGGGAGGACGGCCUGUUGCGGCUCGAGCCUGAAAAGCAUCGCUAUCGAUCGAGCCUGAUGCGCUUCUGGGAUGCAUGUCGUCUGUGCACGGCGUGGGUCGGAGGUUGGAUCAGUGACUACGUGUGUACGCCUUGGUACGAGCCGCUCGGGGGGAGCGAUAACGAUGUGCGCUUUCGGGCGACCGCCGUUUGGGAGGAGCGCGAGCAUCGCUUCGACCGUGGCGGAGAGCUGCACGAACCCCAACCUAUGCUGCUGGUCGGCGAUGGCGUCCCAUUGAUUCGGGUUUUGCGAGGUCUUGGCUUCGAGGUCUCGGAUGGUCGCUGGGAUAUCGCGCUCACGUUUACGGACAGUCGCCACAUGCCCGCCGUCGAGGGCGACUGA